AUGUCCGAAUGCAUCACUUGCCACAGAGUCCUCAAGAACGACGCUGCUCUUCUUCAGCACUGCAGGGACAAGGGUCACCCGUACAGGUCGCCCCUCGUCGCCCGGCAGGCCGCCGCGGCACCCGCCCCAGCGCCCGUUCCCGCGUCAACUUCUAGCGCUGCCAAGUCUGCCUCGACCUCGACUGCCAUCGGUUCCUCCAGCACUCUCUCGCCGCCCGCGUACGAAUGCAAGGUGUGCAGCGUCUCCUUCCGCGACAAGGCGACGUACGAUCAGCACAAUGCCAGCAAGCACGCCCCAAAGCCGUUCAAAUGCGCGCCCUGUGGACUCGAGUUCUCGUCCGCAGACGCGCUCUCGAUCCAUUUCAGGCAUUUCCCCGUGCACCCGAAGUGCCCCCAGUGCAACUCGGCGUUCGUCGACCAGACGCAAUUGAAGCUGCACCAGGCUGCGCAUCCCAAGUGUGCGCAAUGCGACUCGGUGUAUCUGAAUAAGGUUCAGCUUGAGGAGCACUAUCGGGAGUCCGGGAGUCAUCCGGUCUGCUUUGUGUGUGGGGAAGGGUUUGCCAACGACUCUAUGCUUGACAAGCAUCUGUCCUCCGCUCACCUUGAGGGCCGUUGCCGUCUGUGCGACAGACAGUUCCGUUCUGCCGAGGAAUUGCAGAACCAUUACCACGUGUCAUCUGCGCACCCGCACUGUGCGUUGUGCGAGGUUGGCUUCGCAGACGACGAGGCUUGCGACAAGGUUUGCCGUGCGCCAUGGAAUGAGAUUUGCACGAGCCUUAUGGAUUCGAUAGCAUAUGUCGACGAACCACCCGCGACCCCCUCCCCGGAUCCCAUCGCCGCCACCUAG